AUGCUGAGCUCGGAAGGCGAUUCCGAGACGGUGGGGGCGACUCUCGGUCUCGAAGACGUCGACGAGGCCGACCUCGACGAGAUGACGAGAUGGACCGCUCCCAGCGAGGAGGAAAAGAUCGCGAGGGAGUCCCGAAGGAGGCUUCGCUACGCCGAGACGGACGACCUAGAGGAGCUGGAGAAGAGCCUGCGGAACGCGUACAUAGUGAAGGUCCUUCAAGCGCAGAUAAUCGAGAGGCAGGCCGAUCGGAUGUUCGAGAGGAUCCAGGAGAGGAACGCGGGACGCGCAGCCGACCUCGUCGAGGCGAAGGAAGCGGAAGAAGAGCGCAGGAGGAAGGAGAAGGUGACGGGGAGGGCGAAGGAGUACAGGAGGCUGCUGGAGGAGCAGAUAUCCCUAAAGGAGGCGGCCCGGAGGGCGCGGGAGGUGGAGGAGAGCAGGGAGAGAGUGGUGCUGGAGGAGGUCGACCGGAUACGGGGGGAGGACGAGGAGGCCAGGAGGAGGUUGACGAGGGAGGAGGAGAGGGAGAAGUUGACGAAGGAGAGCAUAAUAUUCCAGGAGGUUAAGGCGAUCCGCAGGGCGAAGGAGGAAGAGAGGGAGGCGGAGGAAGAGGAGUGGAGGAGGCGGCAUCGUGAGAAGGUGGAGGAGAGGAGAGAGGAGUUGAGGAGGUUGACGGAGGAGCAAAGGUCGAGGAGGGCGGCGUUGAUAGAGGAGGUGGCCAGGAGGGUCGUCGACGUCAACUCGUGGAGGGUCGAGAGGAGGGAGGCUCUGAUGGAGCUGGUCGCCGAGGAGGCCAAGUGCGAGGCGUUGAUGCUCGAGAGGGAGGAGGAGUUGAAGAGGUGGUGGCGCACGGUCAAAUGGGUGGAGGGCCUCAAUGAGCAGAUCGCCCUCAACGAGAAGAGGAGGUGGAGGGUGCUGAUCGAGGAGAGGAGGUUUGCCAAAGACGUGAUGGACCGGAUCUUGCUGGACGAGAGGAUCGCCAGGCUCACCUCGGAGGCCAGGAAGAGGCAGGCGCUGAGGUAUAGGGACGAGCUGGACAGGAUCGUCGAGGAAAGGAGGUCGAGGAGGGAGGAGGAGAUGAGAAGGAUUCGCGAGACGUGGGAGAAGGAGAGGCAGAUGGAGCUGGCCAUGAGGGAAGACGUCAGAAGAAAGAGGGAGGCGCUGUUGAUGGAACACGCGAGGAACGUUGGGGAGUUCAUGAGGAGACCCGAUAUCACUGCCGAGGAGGAGGAGAAGAUGACGGAAGUGUUGGGGGAGUAUUAA